AUUUUCUAACCAAUAUUUUUGAUUUAUUGAGCCCAUGCAUUGUGGAUUCAUUAAAGUUAAAACGACUUUUAAAAAGUUUAAACAUUGAUACGCAAUGCAUAAUGAUGCCCGCUGUUCUAUGCGACCUCCUUUUCCGAUUACCCUCUGGCCAGAUUAACAUCCAGCUAACGAACAUCGUUGUGCGCCCUCUGUAAUCAAUUUGAUAUGCAAAUUGAGUUGAUCUUGGUCUAGUAUUGGACUGCGGCGUGCAUAAAGUAAGGGGCGGUAAUGUCCGGGUGCAGACCACACGUAGUUUGUUUAUGGUUGCCAAAUGAAUUCGAGCAAAGAUCUAGGCGAACACUUUUGUCGCGAAAUCAAAAAUUAUAUUGUUUUUCAGUUUUUGGCAAUUCGAUAUGUUUAAUUUGGACCGUUACUUGAGGAAAAUUGUUUAAGUACAGCUUCUGGUUGUCAUGACGGAUUUCUAUCUAGCAGAUGCUAUGGGUGCUAGUAGUCCUCAUGAGUGGAAGCAGCAGUAAGGACAAACAUGACAAGUCACAGAGGCAAGGUGGAUUCCGCUGCCAGGAAUGCCCCCUUUGGCACAGACAUACAACCCAAGCGAAACAUCAAAAUCGUCGGUGGAAAGCAGAUCGAGAUUGCAGUGGAAUCUCCCCCAAGCAGUGCUGGCAGUUCUCAGAGAAGCCUUCCCCCUCUCCAACAAGGACCAAAUGGCACCCCUCCCAUGGAAAUCCAGCCACCCUUCCAGGAAUACAAUAACAAGAAACGCCCACUGGAAUUUUCUGAAAAAAGGGAAGGGGUUAUCCAUUCACAGACAGCUCCAGCCGACAAAAGCAACUCACACAUCCAUGGCACAAGAGGGCGCUAUAACAGCUUGCCAGGAUCGCUCACGGUCUUACCCCCCAUCCCGAGCCCUAAUUCCCUUUCGCCCACAACUCGCCACUCCUGGCACCAACGUAAGUCCUCUUCCCCUUCCCUCUCCCUUUCCCCGUCCCAAUCUCCCACACUCCGGCCAGCCCAGGCAACGAGCCUGACAGAUCAGCUGCGUGAGCUCCUGCAGGACUAUGAUGCCUACAGGUUCCAGGACAUGUACAAGGACCUGGCUGAGUAUGACCGCAAGCUGUGUGGCUAUGUCAGCCAGCCGCAGGCCAACAUGGUUGCCCUCCGGCACCACCUGCCCCUCCCCACUAACACCCUGAGGCUGCUCUUCUCGAGCUUUGGCAAGGAUGACAACCCUGAUCUGGUCAAUUACGAAAGGCUGAUCCAGUACCUGGCGCGGGCCCAGGUGGGCACUGCCGAGGCUGAGACAUUGCUUCAGGAGUCAGUCAACAGGUUUGUGAAUGCUCCUGACUUGCUGCCUUCAGAUGGGGAAGGCUUGGAUGAACAAAUUGCCAGAUACGAGACCGAGGCAAAGAAUGCACACAAGGAGAAGCAUCAGCACCAUCACGGCCAGAGGAAAAAACAUCACGAUUCAAAUGGAACAGUCUUGGAGAGAGCAGAACAGGAGCAACUUGCAAGGCAGGACCAGACCCAGACGACACCACAACAGGUUUUCUCAGACCGGCAAGAUGCCAAAUUGCUCAUGCUCGUGGAGCAGCAGUAUAUUCAAGGCAAUCAGGAGCCAACUGACCUGCACGCCAUGAAGAAAGACUUCAUAGAUAGAGACCCCAAUGAUCAAGGGAUGCUGACCAAGGAAAAGGUUCAAGAAGUGUGUUUCAAGCACAGGGUCCCUGUGCAGGGGUCAUUGAUGGAGAAACUGCUUAACCGAUGCCACACUACUGACAACCAGUACAGUUGGAUGGCUUUCCUGGAAUUUCUAGCUCGGGUCAAGCCCCUGGCUGUCGCGGGCUUGGAGCUGGGGGCAAAGCAGGAAGCCGGACGGCCCAGCACCUGGCCCAAGCAGAGAGGUGAUGCUUUCCUCAAGACCAAUGCAAAGGCAGGGCUGACAGGCCUCUCACAGGAACCUGGACUGCCUCCCUGGGAAACCAGGAAGCCACUCGGGAGGCUGGGAGUCCGAUCCCCAACUGCUGUGGAGCGAGAGAUCACACUGUACGACUCUCCAUCACCAACUCAUUCGCCCCCACCCAGCCUGCAAGCUGCGCCCAUCGGCCAAGGGCAGGACAACUCCAUCAGUGACGCACAGCGGGCAGAGCUAGCCGCGAUGGCCAGGGAACACAAGGCCAAAAGGGAGCCUCCAAAAGCCAAAAUGGCUGCAAAGGCCAAGGACGAUGAUGAGCCAUGGUUUGCACGAUUCAAGCACCUGGCUCAAGGGUUGUACAACCUGGACAGCACCAAUACUGGUUACCUGAGCAAGGAUGAGACGCGGAGUCUUGUCAACAACUACAACCUGAUCUACCGUCUGGGACUAGAACAGUCCCGCAUCGACAAAUGCAUUGAUAGCUGUUACCUCUCCCAAGGAAGGGUGUCCAUUGAGCAUUUGUUGGAGGCCCUCACUCUCCAAGUGACCUAGAUGCCAUCUGGAGAGGGACUACAGUACAGUUCAGAAUUUUAGCAGACAUGCAAACAUGGUUAGCAUGUCAGCGUGUAAUGAGUCCAGCAGACAUGAAAGGAGUUAACCGCAAACACGAAACACGCUGACCCCUGCAUAACAGAGAAUGCGGACACCGCAAUCCCAUCUGCUGAGUAUAAACAUAUACAUGCUACACACAAACCCCAGAACAGCCAGGCCGUUGUUUACUGGAGCAGGCAACAUUUUUAGUUUUACGUCUGAAUUGCUCCAAAAACUUCUGAAUCAGGCACAGAAAAUAUUCGAGCGUGAAUCAAUUUUUCAACUGAGAAAACUAUAACUAGCAGUUUUUAUGACAAAGUAUUUCCCAACUUAGAGAAAACUAUUUCAUAAGAAAUCCACAAAAUAUACACAGGCUUUGACCUCUCUGGUCAGCUAGCCAAAUUUUAGUUAAGAUAGUCCCCACGGCGGUGAUCCCAGCAUACAUAUAAAAAGUUGUUGCUGUACUUGCCUCACUCGAGCUCAGUGUGUUCAAAAUCACGUGAAUAUAAAUUCGAUGUGAGGUGACGAUUUUUCCCCAUCAGUUUUUGACCCUAGAGCAGGAAAAUCUACCAAAAGAAAUCACCCUGAUUGUGACCAAGUUACGACCAAACUAAAUGGCAAAGAUAUCGAAAGACAGGAAGUCGGGCCUGCACACAAACAGUGGACUAUUGGCCAGUUUCACUGAAAUUUGACAUUUUUUAGAUGUAAUCCAACUGAAUAACUUUUGCAAUCCAAACCUUAGGAAAAUGGCUGUACAGAUUUCGAUACUUCAUGAAGGCCAGACUCGACAUUAAUACAUACACAAACCAUAAAUACAUACACAAACUUGGAGCGAUGGCUCUGCGUGUGCAGAGGUUCACUACAUGUUGUCGGUCACCUUUGCGGUCUGCGGUCACAAGCCCUGGCAAAAUAAUGAGGUCCGGGAUCUGGCUUAUCGUGCAUUGGACCAGCAAUGCACUGUAAAAACAGCGAAACGUGUAUUGAACAGCGUGUCAGGUCCACUGAUCGUGUUAGUGUGUAGGCUGAAAUUCUGACCUGUACUGUAGCCUCUUGGUUUUCUCCAAUGAAAGGCGAUCAGCCCUGGAAUUAUGAAUUCAGAGACUGUUAUUAAAAUGGACCCGCUGGAAUGGGAACAGCCAAAAGAACACACCUCUUAAGAAACUUCUUGUGUUCCAAAGGACCCCCCACAUCUGCAGUGCAUGACUGCAGUUUCCAGGUAAGCAUACCAAUGUGGACCAGUUGGAGAGUGAACUGCAUAAAUGGGCUACUCUAAAUCUAACAGGAAGUGUUUUCGUUGGAAUUGUAGAGAGGCUUUCACAUAAAAAGUCUUGUUUUGAGAGAUUAGGCUUCAUAAUAAAUAAGUUGUGUCAUAACUAAUUUGAAAAGAGGUAUUCUUGUGUUCAUUAGUUGAAAUUUAUUAGCUCCGUCCAUACUGUCCAUGUGUGAACAUUGCUUUUACCUUCAGGUACUGGUACAUGUACAUUUCGUUACUGGUCUACUCAUCAGUCUAUCGAAGAAGCAAAUCCACACAAAUCAUAACAGAUAUUUUCAAAUUGAUUUAUGCAUGCACACGCUUUUGUACGUAUUCAGUAAAUUCGCACUCCCCGGCAAUAAACUGCAUACAAAUUAACCAUAUGGCAGUAACCACUGCCAACAUUCCCAGACUGGUAUUCAUGUGUGUGUGUAUGUGCAUUACAUGUAUGCAUGUUGCUAAAAUGAUCCAUUUGAUAGGUCAGGAAAUGACAUUCAUUUUUCUCCCAUGUUUAUACUGACUGAUUAAGGUCAAAAAUGAAAUGUAAGCAAAUGGUGUCCUGUCUGUUAUGCUGAUGUACAUGUAUCUGUUCUGGAGAAGCUUUUGUCCAGAUUUCAAAGCAAUAAUACAAGUUUUCCACAUUUUACUUGUAGAUUUGUUUAUGUAUUGUCUAUUAGUGAAAGAUAAGAUUGAACGUGUAAGCUUUAUUUGUGUGUACAUUUUUUUUAAAUUUAGUUACCAGUGCAGAAAAAAUUUACUGAAUGUACAUUGCAAGGCUGUUUUGUGCUGUUUUGUGAUAUUUCCUUGAGUGUGUUUAUGAAAACUUUACCUGAUUUUACAUGAACCAAGAUAGAAUUGAAUACCUGUUCCAAACACUGUGUGUAUGUAUAGAGUUGGGUAUUUAUUAACAAUUUUACUGGGAUCUUGUUGUAGUUCAUGUUCUUGAAGUUCAUAGUUCAUGACAAAUCAUGCAUAUGUCACAAGUCAAUUGACAAGCAUUAAAUAGGAGAUGAACGGUGACCUUACCUUGGUCACUGUUUAAUUUCAGGACCUUGUGAUGUCACUAGACAACAGGUGACAUGGAAUGGACUUGAUUACAACUAAGAUUUAGUUAUUUGAUGUAGUUAAAGAAUUUGACAAAUUGAAGACUGAAAUUUCAAUAUAGUAGUUAAGCAUAUUUUGUGACUGAAUCCCACAAAAUGGGAUUUUCCCCCAGUGAUUUUACUUUAGUUUGCGAUGCAUGAGCAAGCUGAAUCCUUUUGUUGGGACACUCAGUUAGGCAUCCUGGUGAAAAUAGCUGUUCAGAUUCCAGUAAAUGCCUUUAACUCAAGAAUGGCCCGGGGACUUGCAACUCUAUUGUUAGAUUGGGUCACAUUUGCUCAAUAUCACUUAGGAAUUUGUUUAUUCUUGCAUUGCUAACUAUUGUUCAUCAGUGGCUUGAAAGCAAAUGCGAAUUGUGAUGUCAGAUCAAAAAUUGCACUGUGGAUCAACACAAUUUGAGGAGGUGCUACAUUUCAGCUCAAUGCAUUUUGCUUCAAAUAGUUUGUAAUGCCAAGUUUGCUUCACUUUUUUGUUCACCAGAAGUUCCAGUAUGAACUGGCCUUAAGGUGCUAGUACAUGUUCAUGUAUGCACAUUUCUGAGCAUUCUGUGAACUGUUAAUUUCCAGAAUUUGAAAUUUCUAACAAGCACAGUGCUAGAAAGUAUUACUUUUGCAGGAUGUAGAAUAAUAAUGUUAAAAAGACUCCUGAGUACUGCACUUACCGUUUAGGCCAUUUUACAUCCACAGUCUUCAAAUUUUGAAAAUGAAGUGCCUUUCCUUUGUUCAUGUUGUUGUUUGUCCAUUCCUCUUGUAUAAUAAUCUGUUUCGCACAAAGUGUAAAAAAUAUUAUGAGUUCCCAUCUGAUAACAGCAUUAUUUCUUUCUUUCUUUAUUUAAUUUUGAAAUCUUAUUCAGAUUCUUAUGUUGUUUCAUCCACCAUUUGGAUUUAGAGAAUUUCAGUUGACAAAUCAGUGGUAAUUGAUUGACAAUCAGAUAUCUAACAUUCUUCUGUUUUCCACCUUUCUUCCCAUCACACUUGUCCUGUAUAUUCUUCAAUUGUACUCUUUUCUCAACUCUCUCUUUGAUUUUUUGACCCUGCUCCCCAUUCCAAUGAUGUGGUGCAUGUGGCCACUAUCUCUCUUAAUAAGAGGAUUUUUUUUAAAGAAGACACAACUGGCGUGCCAUGAUAUUGAUUGGCUAAAACUCGCAGGGGAGUGAUGCCACUUUGCACUGUGGCAGUGGCUCCAGUCUUUUGCAUGGAGUAAAAUAAUACCCCAGCAAACCACUUGCUCUAAGUAUCUGGUUGAAGUUUCAUACAUGGGACAAAUUCCAUUCAGAACCAUCUUACAACAUGUAAUUAGGAUAGUUUUUCUGACAUUUUUCAAUUUUUUCUUCUAUGCAGAGCUGAAAUUCACAUAUGUACAUAUUUAGAAGUUUCAAUACAUCUUCUUUCCACAUAACAUGUACGUGUAUUGUCGUAAAAUUGGUUUUCCUGAACCAAAUACCUUCAUCAGUGCCUUGCCAUUAGAGUAGUCUCUUCUUUUCUAUUUUUCUUACCAAUCUACAAUCUUCUACCUUUUGUGCCAUUGUUUAGUUUCUGCAGACUUGCGUGCUGUUGCUAUUGAAAUAUUUUUCUUCAUUUAGUUUUUAUGCAGUUCUGCUGGCGUGUCUUUCAUCUAAGAGUUUUUAUAUAAUUAUAGCUGGUGUACAUACUACAUGAUAAAAUUAAACACCUGUAAUUAAUAAAAAAUGUUGAUAUCUAAAUUAUCAAUCGACUAAUUGGUAAUUGAAAGUGCCUUUGACUAUUAAACAUUUAAUAUUUAAAAUUUCAGAAGAGAUGUACAAGUUCAAUAACACAUUAGUGUCUCAAAUGGAUAUAAAUGUA